UCAACGCAUGGACCAUUCACAUGCUCAGCGAGAUAUAAUCCCCGCACCUCCGCAAGAUACUGCACAUGUCACCUCCCCAACUACCUUAACUACAGAGUCGAAUUCAAACAAUCAUACUCUUGCAACAUCGUACGAAACCCAAUCUUGCCUCAAAAAGAACGAUGACACCUAAGAAAAAGACCAAAAAUGGAAAGAAAAAAGACCAGGAUCUAGAAGCAGCGGCCCGACCAAGCCCUACGAAGGCAAUCCGAACUGUCGCAGACUUGCGAGAAGACAAAGAUAUAUGGUACAAGAUUUGCGUCCUCAUCUACGAUCUACGAAACGCAAAAGAUAAGACGUCCGAGAAUCGCACGUUGCAAACAACCGACGAGCUGUAUCUGAGCAUGCCGUACUUUUCCCCCGACGAGGCUGCCGCCAUUAAGGCGGCGCGACUCGAUGACGGCCAUACUUUAGAGCACGCUAUCACCACCAGUCUUCAGAACUUCUUCGAAAAGCGUCGAGCAAGUGGCGAUUGCCGACCCUGCGGUCCUCAUGACAUGGUACCCGUGUACAUGACUUGCUUCGGGAUUGAGAAAUCGGAAAUCGAGGAUGAAAAGCUUCUCUCGCGCAUUCGCCGGUCGGGAUUAAAAACUACUUGA